AAAAGAGGAAAGAAACUUGGAGCCUGUUCCCCCGCUGCCCCUUAUAAUCACCUCUUGGGCUGGGCCUAGUGCCAUACUUUGAGCCUUUGGGCCAACCAAUCCCCUCACACGAUCCAAUCCAUGCAAUGUUCCCCGCCGCUCGUUGCUUCGUCCCCCUCCACCCCCAGCCGCACGCCACAAUCCCCUGCCGCCGCGCGCCGGCGCGCACCACGGUGUCAGCCAAGCAGCGGCGCUGGACCAGAGGCCCCCGCCGCGACCGCUCAUGGGACGAUGACGGCGGCGGCAGCGGCUCCGAUUCCGACGCCGACGACGGCUUCUUCGGGCAAGAGCAGGACGACGGCGACGAGGAGGCGGAACGGGAGGAGGCAGCGCCCCGACGGCCCACCUCGCCAUCGCCGGCGCCCGCGGGGGGCCAGCUUCGGGGUUCCGACGUGCUGCGCGCGAUGCAGAGGGCCGCUGCGGCGAAGGAGGCGGCCAGGAGGAAGAACGACAAGAAGCCGGUGCCGCAGCGGCGGGGCAAGGGGAAGCCGGAGGGAGGCGACGUGGAGGUCGGGGAGGUGAGGCCGGUGGUGAUAAGGCCCGAGUGGGCGGCGAGGAUCCGGGAGCUGGAGGUCAGGGUCCAGCAGCUGGCCGACAAGUACCACCACCACCAGUAAGGCUUGUGACUGUUACAAGCUGAGCAGGGAGUCCUCUGCUUUAUCAUCUCACCUCUGCACGCGCACACACUGCUAAUCUCGAUUCAGGAAUCAGGAUGCAACAGGGUUAAGAAGCCAAAGUCAUCAUCUGACAGCUCGCGCUAAUGCGACUGCGCACUGCGCAUUUCAUUCCCUGCCAAUCUGUGCAUGUGUUGGCACUAAGAUUUUCCAUGUGUUUCAGACACAAAUUGUGCUACUAGAAGUCUGAACUCUGAACUUCCUGCACUCAUAUGUACUUAAACAUACUAGUGGUAGUGUUAUUUGCAGCAGUAAUUCAUUGAGAACAUUUUCACCGACACUGACGGCAGAUUCUGUUAUGCAUCUA